AUGACCAAACUGUCAGAAAGCGUUUACAUCUAUCGGCCCGAGACACCGACGCCAGCAUCUUCGCCCACGGACGCAACCUCACCACCUCAAAAGCGCGUGCCAAAGCUCAUUAUCCUCGCCACGUGGAUGGGGGCCCGCGACCUGCACAUCGCCAAGUACCUCGUCCAGUACCAAGCCCUUUACCCGACCGCCCCAAUCUUGCUCCUCCGCUCCGAGCCGCGGCACUUCCUGCGCCCGGGCGGCAACCCGCGCGACUUCGCCCCCGCCGCCCCCUUCGUCCGCAACAUCUUCCCCAACCUCGGAGUCCCCGGCCGGGACGAUACCGACGAGACCAAACCCACCAACCCAGAACCCGAACUCCUCCUCCACGCCUGGUCCAACGGCGGCGCCGCCUCGCUGCUGCACCUCCGGACGGCGCUCGCCGUCUCCGCACCCGGAACCGCACCCGCGGGCGGGGGUUCCCCGGCGACGCUGCCGCGGUACACGCUGGUGCUGGACUCGUCGCCGGGGCGGUUCCGGUACGGGGCCGGGUACCUGGCGUUCAGCGCGGGCUUGCCGCGGGGGUGGGCGGCGCGGUGGCUGGCGGCGCCGUUCUUGCACGCGCUCUGCCUGUCGUACUGGGUGCGGCACACGCUGUUGGGGCGGGGCCGGACGGGCCCGAUGGCGGCGCUGGCGCGGGCGCUCAACGACGCGGGCGCGCGCCGCGCCGAGGUGCGCCGCACCUACGUCUACGGGCCCGCGGACCGGCUCGUGCACUGGCGGGACGUCGAGGACCACGCCGAGGAGGCCGUCCGCGGCGGGUUCGCGGCCGUGCGGAGGGAGAGGUUCGAGGCCGGCGAGCACGUCGCCCACCUGAGGGUGGAUGCCGGGCGGUAUUGGCGCGUGGUGAGGGAGACGUGGGAGGGCAUGGAGAUACAUUAUAAGUGGUACAUGGCUUGCUCGACUCUUCCAUAUCAUGGCGGCUUUCGUACGUGGCCGGCCCCCCUCUCAGUUCCUGUCCCGGCCAACCGACACUCGGCGCCCGGCAUCCCACCCGCGCCGGCGGCCGGCUUUCUUCUUGGUCCCGCCCCAGCCCGCGCCGGCGACCUCGAGCGCCUCGAGAGCGUCGUCCAUACCGCCGUCGUAACCCUCGUCAGCCUCCAGCUCGGCGGCGCAUGCGUCGCACUCUUGGUCGUGCGGCUUCUCGCAGCUGAGCUCCUGGCUGAGCUCUUCCCAUGUGAAGGUCUCGGAGCAGUGCGGGCAUGUCCCCUUGAACACGACGAGUCGGCACAUGGCUUGCCAAGAGGGAGCACAGCAAACGAGGCGAGCGGUCUAUGGUAUGAAAGUGUUUGGGUGGGUGUGGGGGGUGUUUGCGCCCGAGGUCCUUGGUUGUCCUUGGCGGCACAAAUCCGCGCUUCUCCAAUCCGGGACGGCGUGGCGCAAUGA